AUGGAAAUCCCACAACCCCUCGAAGCCCCAGGCCCCAUCAGGCCGAUAACCUGCGUCGAAAUGCACACAGCAGGAGAGCCAACACGGAUUAUCUGGAACGGCAUCCCACCACUUACAGGUACACUCCUGGAGCAAAGAGCGCAAGCAAAAUCCCAAUUCGACGAGUUCCGCCGCGUUCUCAUGCUCGAACCGCGCGGCCACUAUGACAUGUAUGGCGCAAUCCUACGCCCGGAGACUGAGCUCGUCGCCUCCGGAAAAGCCCAUAUGGGCGUUCUGUUCAUGCACAAUGAAGGGUUCUCGACCAUGUGCGGACACGCGACGAUCGCGCUGGGUCGGUUCCUUGUCGAUGUUGACGAGAAGGUAUUUGCUCGUCGCAAGGAAUUGAAAUAUGACCCCGUGUCCCGGACGACGACUCUUAAUUUGCAUGUUCCCUGUGGAGUGGUCGAGGUUACCGUCCCCACCUUGGCAUCUGGGAAGUCGGAUGCGUCGCGUCCUGUUUCGUUUGUGUCUGUGCCGUCGUUCGCUACAGGUAUCUCCUUUCAGAUCCCGGUUCCUGAGAAGUAUCGCUGGGCUGAGCUUCAGGGCAAGACUACUGUUACGGCAGACUUUGCUUAUGGGGGUGCGUACUAUUGUAUGAUUAGUGCCGAGGAAUUGGGCUUCCCUAGUGGACUCGGUCAAGUUAAGUUGCAGGAGAUGGACCAUGCGACGAAGUUGCUCAAGGAGGCGGUGGUUACCAACCCGGAUUUGAAACAUCUCACUCGGGAUAUUCGGACUGCUGAGGAGGGGGUAUUGUACGGGAUUAUGAUCACGGAUACACGACUGGGACAUGUUAGUGCCCCGGAAGGGACGGCGGCUGCCCGUGCGCAGCUAGAGGCUAGUGGUGAAGAGACGGGCCUCUAUUUCUUUGCGAACCAGCAGAUCGACCGGUCUCCCACUGGAGGCUGUGUCGCUGCGAGGGUGGCUCUUGCACAUGCCAAAGGGUCUUUGCCAGCGGGCGAGAAGAGGAUCUAUAACUCUUUAGUAACUCGUACAUAUAGAGGUCUUUCUGGAUUUGUUGGGUCUGUCUUUGAUGCUGGCACAGGUGGAGCAGACCAAAAUAUUGUUCGAGUGUGUGUUGAGGGAUAUGCGUAUUAUACCGGAUACCAUUCCUUUGUGGUAGAGAAGGAGGAUGGUCUCGGGGUGAAUGGAUUCUCUGUGAGGGAUAUUGCCUUGUAG